CGGGGCCGGGAGCGGGAUCGGGAUCGGGGCCGCCGCGGGGAUGCUGCGGGUCUUCGUGCUCCGGGCCGAGGCGGUGCAGACCCCCGACACCGACAUCAGCGAUGCCUACUGCUCCGUGCUCUUCGCCGGCGUAAAGAAGAGAACCAAAGUGAUCAAGAACAACGUGAACCCCGUGUGGAACGAGGGGUUCGAGUGGGAUCUGAAAGGCAUUCCCUUAGACCAGAGCUCUGAGCUCAACGUCAUCGUGAAAGACCAUGAGACCAUGGGAAGAAACAGGUUCCUGGGAGAAGCCCACGUCCCCCUCCGGGAUGUCCUGGCCUCCCCCAGCCUGGCCGCCAGCUUCAACGUGCCGCUGCUGGACACCAAGAAGCAGAGCACCGGGGCCUUCCUCGUCCUGCAGGUAUCCUACAUCCCUCCGCCAGGGGCUGCUCCCCUGUUCCCACCACCUGUCCCUCCAGAGCCGAUGCCGACCGCAGCUGAGCAGGACACAUUCACUGAUACAGCCGGGGAGGAGGAUACCGAGGACCUGAUCGUGACGGGGGAUGAGGAGGAGCCGUCCUCGGGGCCCUCGGUGCCCUCAAUGCCCGAGCAGCCCACUCUUCCCAAGAAGCCCCCUGGGCACCACGUCCAGGGGCUGAAGAGAAGGAGAAGCUCAUCCAAAAAGCCUCUGUCCAACAAGCCGCAGGAUUUCCAGAUCAGGGUGAGGGUCAUCGAGGGCAGGCAGCUCCCUGGAGUCAACAUCAAACCCGUGGUGAAGGUGACGGCAGCCGGGCAGUCGAAACGGACCAGGAUAUGCAAGGGGAACAGCCCCAUCUUCGACGAGACCUUCUUCUUCAACAUCUUCGAGGCUCCAUCUGAGCUGUUCGAUGAGCACAUCUUCCUCACGGUGGUCGAUUCUCGGUCUUUCAGGACGGACUCCGUAAUUGGGGCAUUUCGGAUGGAUGUCGGGACAGUUUAUGCAGAACCGAAGCACGCUUUCUUGAGGAAGUGGCUGCUCCUUUCCGACCCCGAAGACUUUUCUGCCGGGGCCAAAGGUUACUUGAAGGUCAGCCUGUUCGUGCUGGGGUCAGGCGAUGAAGCACCGCUGGAGAAGAAGGAAAAAGCCGAAGACAAGGAGGACAUCGAGGGAAACAUCCUGCGUCCCACUGGCGUGGCACUGAGAGGGGCUCACUUCUCCCUGAAGGUUUACCGGGCAGAGGACCUGCCGCAGAUGGACGAUGCCGUCAUGGAUAACGUGAAGCAGAUCUUCGGCUUCGAGAGCAACAAGAAGAACCUGGUGGAUCCCUUCGUGGAAGUCAGCUUUGCCGGCAAAAUGCUCUGCUCCAAGAUCCUGGAGAAGAACGCCAACCCGCAGUGGAACCAGAGCAUCACCCUGCCAGCCAUGUUUCCCUCCAUGUGCGAGAAAAUGAGGAUCCGGGUCACCGACUGGGACCGGAUGACGCACAAUGACAUUGUCGGCACCACUUACCUGAGCAUGUCCAAAAUCUCCGCCCCCGGUGGGGAGCUGGAAGUUGACGACAGCCUGGGAUUCCUGCCGACGUUCGGCCCCUGUUAUGUCAACCUUUACGGCAGCCCACGGGAAUUCACUGGCUUCCCAGACCCCUACGAGGAGCUCAACCUGGGAAAGGGAGAGGGUGUAGCAUAUCGGGGCAGGCUGCUGGUGGAACUGGAGACCAAGCUGGUGGAGCACAUUGAGCAGAAGGUGGAGGACAUCCCAGCUGACGAUAUCCUACGGGUAGAGAAGUUCCUGCGGCGCCGGAAGUAUUCCCUCUUCGCCGCCUUCUACUCGGCCACCAUGCUCCAGGACGUGAACGACCCCAUCCAGUUCGAAGUCAGCAUCGGCAACUACGGCAACAAGUUUGACAACACCUGCCUGCCGCUGGCGUCCACCACGCAGUACAGCCGGGCCGUGUUUGACGGCUGCCAGUACUACUACCUGCCCUGGGGCAAUGUGAAGCCAGUGGUGGUGCUGUCCUCAUACUGGGAAGACAUCAGCCACAGGACAGAUGUGCAGAACACCCUCCAGCGCUGCGUAGACCAUCUGGAAGCGAACCUGGAGCAGGUCCACAUCAUGCUCAAAGCCAAGUGCUCGCCCCGCGACUUGGACGCCUCGGUCGCCCGGUUGAUUGAUGACAUCAUCGCGGACUGCAGCCAGCCCCUCGCCGACGUCAUGGGGAAGCCAGCCUGCACCCACCUGGACCAGUACGCCUACCGCUUCCGCAGCACCAACCUGAAUCAGAUCGUGCAGGCGGCUCUGAAGCUGAAGCAUGAGGACACGGACCUCCAGACCGUCCUUGAGCAGGCCGAGGACUGGCUGCUGAGACUGAAAGCCAUGGCUGAGGAGCCGCAAAACAGCCUGCCGGACAUCGUGAUCUGGAUGCUGCGCGGGGACCGGCGCGUGGCUUACGCCCGCGUGCCAGCCCACGAGGUGCUUUUCUCCAGGAGCAGCGCCAGCUGCUGUGGCAAGAACUGCGGGAAACUCCAGACCAUCUUCUUGAAAUACCCACAGGAGGAGGUGAUGGGCAUCCGCAUCCCCGCCCAGGUGCGGGUCCAGCUCUGGUUCGGGAUGUCUGUGGACGAGAAGGAGUUCAACCCAUACGCCGAGGGGCGGCUCUCCGUCUUUGCCGAAACCUACGAGAACCAGACCAAGCUGGCGCUGGUCGGGAACUGGGGCACGACCGGCCUGACCUACCCCAAGUACACGGACGUCACCGGCAAGAUCAAGCUGCCCAAGGACAGCUUCCGCCCCUCUGCCGGCUGGGCCUGGGCCGGGGACUGGUUCAUCAGCCCGGAGAAGACGCUCCUUUACGACACGGACGCUGGUCACAUGAGCUUCGUGGAGGAAGUGUUUGAGAAUCAAGUCCGCCUUCCCGGUGGCCAGUGGAUCCACAUGGCAGAAGCCUACACAGAUGUGAACGGAGAGAAGGUGCUGCCGAAGGACGAGAUCGAGUGCCCCGCGGGGUGGAAGUGGGAGGACUCGGAGUGGGACACGGACCUCAACAGAGCCGUGGACGAAAGAGGCUGGGAGUACGGCAUCACCAUCCCCCCCGACCGCAAGCCCAAGUCCUGGGUGCCGGCGGAGAAGAUGUACCACACCAACCGGCGCCGGCGCUGGGUGCGGCUCCGCCGGAGGGACCUCAUGCAGACGGAGGCGUUGAAAAAGCACAAGCAGGAAGAGCUGGAGGGCGAGGGCUGGGAAUACGCUUCGCUUUUCGGCUGGCGGUUCCACCUGAAGUACCGCAAGACGGACGCUUUCCGUCGCCGUCGCUGGCGCCGACGCAUGGAGCCCCUGGAGCGCACCGGCCCCGCCGUCGUCUUCGCCCUGGAGGGCGCCCUGGGAGGCGUGACGGACGACAAGAGCGACGACGGCAAGUCGGUCUCGACCCUGAGCUUCGGCGUCAACCGGCCUACCAUUUCCUGCAUCUUCGACUAUGGAAACAAAUACCAUCUCCGUUGCUAUAUGUACCAGGCACGGGAUCUGAUUGCCUUGGAUAAGGACAGCUUUUCAGACCCAUAUGCAAUCGUCUCCUUCCUCCAACAAAGCCAGAAGACCGUGGUGGUCAAGAACACCUUGAAUCCCACCUGGGACCAGACCCUCAUCUUCUACGAGAUCGAGAUCUUCGGAGACCCCCAGAACGUGGCCGACUCCCCUCCCAACAUCGUGGUGGAACUUUACGACCACGAUACCUACGGAGCGGAUGAGUUCAUGGGCCGCUGCAUUUGCCGGCCCAGCCUGGAGCGCUCCCCAAGGCUGUCCUGGCAUCCCAUCACCAAGGGGAACAGGAACACAGGGGAGCUGCUUGCUGCCUUCGAACUGAUUCAGAGGGAAAAGCCGGCUGUUCACCACAUCCCUGGCUUCGAGAGCGAGUUGUCAGCAGACAGCCUGGAUGAGUCUGCAGAUACGGACCUGCCCUACCCUCCUCCCCAGCGAGAGCCCAACGUCUACAUGGUCCCUCAAGGAAUCAAGCCGGUUCUGCAGCGCACGGCCAUCGAGAUCCUGGCCUGGGGGUUGAGGAGGCUGAAGAGCUACCAGCUGGCCAGCAUCGCCUCGCCGAGCCUGGUGGUGGAGUGUGGAGGGCAGAGCGUCCAGUCCUGCGUCAUCAAGAACAUCAAGAAAAACCCCAAUUUCGACGUCUCCGUGCUCUUCAUGGAAGUGCGCCUGCCCAAAGAGGAUCUGUACAGCCCGCCCAUCAUCAUCAAGGUCAUAGACAACAGGCCCUUCGGCCGGAAGCCCGUGGUGGGCCAGUGCACCAUCCGGUCGCUGGAGGACUUCUACUGUGACCCGUACAGCAAGGAGACUAUCGUCCCUGAGGAGCACCCAGAUGACGUGAGCCUCACCCCCAGAGAUGACGUCCUCAUUGAUAUAGAUGACAAAGAGCCGCUCAUUCCUGUCCAGCUUGCAGAGGGCAUGACCAGCUCAGCUCUAAUUAACAUGACAGCUUCUCGGUCCGAUCUUCAUGAGGAAGAAUUCAUUGACUGGUGGAGCAAGUUCUACGCUUCGACGGGGGAGAGGGAGAAAUGCGGCUCCUAUUUGGAGAAGGGCUUCGACACGCUCAAGGUCUACGAGACGGAGCUGGAGAAGGUGGAGGGCUUCGAGGGGCUCUCCGACUUCUGCCACACCUUCAAGCUGUACCGGGGCCGCAUGCAGGAUGCUAACGAAGACCCCACUGUCGUGGGGGAAUUCAAGGGCUUGUUCAAACUUUACCCUCUCCCGGACGACCCACGCGUGCCGGUGCCGCCCCGCCAGUUCCAUCAGCUCCCAGCCCGAGGCCCCCAGGAGUGUCUUGUCAGGGUCUACAUCAUCCGCGCCUUUGACUUGCAACCUAAGGACACCAACGGAAAGUGCGACCCCUACGUCAAGAUUUCAGCGGGAAAGAAAUCCAUAAACGACCAGGACAAUUACAUCCCGUGCACGCUGGAGCCUGUCUUUGGAAAGAUGUUUGAACUGACCUGCUCUCUGCCUUUGGAGAAGGACCUGAAGAUCACAUUGUAUGACUACGACCUCUUGUCGAAGGACGAGAAAAUAGGAGAGACCAUCAUAGACCUGGAGAAUCGGUUCUUGUCGAAAUAUGGGGCUCGCUGUGGCCUCCCCCAGACCUAUUGCACUUCUGGGCCCAACCAGUGGCGAGACCAGCUCCGUCCAUCCCAGCUGCUCCACCUCUUCUCCUUGCAGCGCAAUUGCAAAGCUCCCGUGUACAAGACAGACCGGGUCGUGUUUGGGGAGCAGGAGUACUUCCUUGUGGAGCUCGAGGAUGGCAAACCCCCCAACCCUCACCUGGGUCCCCCCGAGGAGCGGCUCGCCCUGCACGCACUCCGGAAGCAAGGCCUGGUGCCUGAACACGUGGAGACGCGGCCUCUCUACAGCCCGCUGCAGCCCGAAAUCGAGCAGGGAAAGCUGCAGAUGUGGGUGGACUUGUUUCCCAAAUCGCUGGGUGCCCCCGGCCCUCCUUUCAACAUCACGCCGCGGAAAGCAAAGAGGUUCUUCUUGCGCUGCAUUAUCUGGAACACCAAGGACGUGAUCCUAGACGACCUCAGCAUCACCGGCGAGAAGAUGAGCGACAUUUAUGUGAAAGGCUGGUUGGUUGGCCAUGAGGAGAGCAAACAGAAGACAGAUGUGCACUACAGGUCCCUGGGUGGCGAAGGCAACUUCAACUGGAGAUUCGUCUUCCCGUUCAACUACCUUCCUGCUGAGCAAGUCUGUUACGUCACUAAAAAGGAGCAUUUCUGGAGCUUGGACAAGACUGAGAGUAAGAUCCCACCUCAGCUGACCUUCCAGAUCUGGGACAACGACAAAUUCUCCUUUGACGAUUACUUGGGUUGCAUUCAGAUGGAUCUCAACCACAUGCCCAAGCCUGCCAAGACAGCUGAGAAGUGCUCCCUAGACCUGCUGGAUGAAACCUUGUCCUCGGACCGGCUCGUGUCACUCUUUGAGCAGAAGACGGUCAAGGGCUGGUGGCCUUGCGUUGCAGAAGAGGGCGAGAAGAAGAUCCUCGCGGGCAAACUGGAAAUGACUUUGGAGAUCGUGGCAGAGCAGGAGCAUGAGGAGAGGCCCGCAGGGAUGGGCCGAGACGAGCCCAACAUGAACCCUAAGCUGGAAGACCCCAAGCGGCCGGAGACCUCCUUCCUGUGGUUCACCUCCCCCUACAAGACCAUCAAGUACAUCCUGUGGCGGCGGUACAAGUGGGUCUUCCUCGUCGUCUUAGUGCUCUUCAUCUUGCUGCUCUUCUUCGGGAUCUUCAUCUACGCUUUCCCGAACUACGCUGCUAUGAAACUGGUGAAGCCUUUCAGCUGAAUCUGUGCCGGGGACCGGUGGGAGCGUCGAGUGCCUGCUAAGAUACUGCCUGGUGCCUUGGGGGAUGAGAUGCCAGCCACAGCAGCCUCCUGAGAAGAUGCCACGUGCUGUCUCUGAUGCUAUCCCAUUGCCCAAAUGAAGAUACCGCUCCCAUCUGCACAGCCCCACCUACCUUCUUCACCUCCUAAGUGGCCUGUACCCGAUGCCAAAGAUGGAAUAUUUGCUAUUUCCCUUUUUGGGGGCUUUCUUGGGGUUGUUUUUUUUUCAAUGCUCUGUUUUGUAAAGCUCAAUUAUCAAUGCAAAAAUGGCCCUUUUUAGGGGGAAUGGCUUGCACGGACUCUAGGAGGGUGCGCUGAAAACGUAGACCUGCUGCAGCUUGUAGCAAAGGGGUAGGAGGUGUAAGCACUAGACUGCAAGCCGUGAGCCCGGGUGAAGUCUCGCUGUCUCCAUCUCCUGCCUCUGGGCCGCGGGGAUUGGGGAGCUUUUAUUACAGAGGAUUUGCACUGCUUGAGCAAAGCCCCCGCACACAUCUCCCACCCCUCAGGGCAAUGGGGGCUCUUUCCGCUUAGCAGAAGGCGGUGGGCUACAACCCCGAGAAGGACUGGAGCAAAACUCCCUGGGCACUAAGGAAAGCUUUGCAAGAUUUGGGCUUUUUCACUCCAUUUCUCUCCGUUGCACCCUUUUUCCUCUUCCUGGGUGGACACGUCCCCCUGCAACCGUUCACCUCCGCCGCGGUGUGGCUGUGGGGCUCGAGCGGAUAAGGCCAGGACCGCGUCCCGCGGGCAUAGGUCCUGCUCUCCCCCGGGACCUACCCUCUGCAGCCUGAGGGCAGGUCCCCACGGCCGCGGUCCAACGUGCAGCGUGACAAUCAGCUCAGCUCCUCUGCCGCCGGGUCGGGACCGCGGGGCGGACGCAGGAGAGCAGGCACCCCCGGGGGAGCUCCCUGCCGCAGGGGAUGGGAUUGAGGCAGAGACCUGGCCCCUUUCUUUGUCUAGCCCGUCUUUGAAAGCAGGGUGGGGGCAGCCCUGUGGCAGCCGUGCCACGGAUUAGCCCAAGAGGUUUCCAAGUGCCACUCUGAUGCCCUUCCCCUGCCUGUUCUUCUGCUCUGCUUUCUGCUCCCUGCUCUUUCCCUGAUCCACUGGUUUGCCUUCUGCUCCCUGCCCUGUGCUCCCUACCUGAUCUGCUCUGCUUUCUGCUCCCUGCCCUGUGCUCCCCACUUGCCCUGCCACUCUACUUUCUGCUCCAUGCCCUGUGAUCCUUACCUGAUCCACUGCUCUGCCUUCUGCCUGCUGCCCUGUGCUCCCUACUUGAUUUUAUCUGCUUUCUGCUCCCUGCCUUGUGCUAGCUGCCUGGUCUGCUGCUCUGCUUUUUGCUCCCUUCCCUGUGCUCCCUACCUGAUCCGCUUUCCUUUAGCUCCCUGCCCAAUCUGCUGCUCUGCUUUCUGCUCCCUGCCCUGUGCUCCCUCCCUGCUUUGCUCUGCCUUCUGCUCCCUACCUGAUCUGCUCUGCUUUUUGCUCCCUGCCCAAUCUGCCGCUCUGCCUUCUUCUCCCUACCUGCUCUACUGCUCUGCUUUCUGCUCCUUGCCCUAUCUGCCACUAUGUUGCCUAUCCCUGAUCUGUCCUGUGCCAGACACAGAAGCCGGUCGCAGCACUCGUGCCAGCCCUGCUUUAACAGAUAGGGGACACAUGCCGCAGUGCCUACUUGGCCCCAGCUCUUGCCCUUGCAAACAGCAGGUUGCAUUUGCAGCGGUCAGCUCUGCCUGCUUCCCUACGUGCCGGUCAGACGGGCAGCUCCCCACCCACGUGCUCCAGGGUGUACGUGGGGGUCAGGAACAAAUCGAUCCCCAAAUUCGCUGUGGCCAGCCAGCUGCAGUGGCUCUGUGAGCUGGACCCAGCCCGCGGGCCACGUGCUAGCACCCCUGCCCUCGCCCACUCUCCCUUACUUUAGCAAGCAAGCAUCUUCCAGAAUAAAGACAUGAAACCUGAA